GGCAGCGGCAGGCGCGGCCCGGACCUGCGUGAGUAAGCCCAGAGCCCUCGGCGGGCUGCGAGCGACUCCCCGGCGAUGCCUCACAACUCCAUCAGAUCUGAAACUACAGCCUGCAGGCUGCGUCUGUUGGCCUCUGUCCCUUCCCCUUUCCUUCUGCAGCGGUGAGGACAGCUUUUAGAGUGGAUAAUCUCCUUCGCCAUGGUGCCUGCUGUCGACAGGUGUGGAAACAACAGAUGCACGGUUUUGUCACAGAUUUUGCUCCUGUGUGUCACUCAAAAAGGCCAUGGAGGGCUGAACCAGCUGGGAGGGGCCUUUGUGAACGGCAGACCCCUGCCGGAAGUGGUCCGCCAGCGCAUUGUAGACCUGGCCCACCAGGGUGUGAGGCCCUGUGACAUCUCUCGCCAGCUCCGUGUCAGCCAUGGCUGCGUCAGCAAGAUCCUCGGCAGUAGGUACUACGAGACUGGCAGCAUCCGUCCUGGAGUGAUAGGGGGCUCCAAGCCCAAGGUGGCCACCCCCAAGGUGGUGGAGAAGAUUGGGGACUACAAACGCCAGAACCCUACCAUGUUUGCCUGGGAGAUCCGAGACCGGCUCCUGGCUGAGGGCGUCUGUGACAAUGACACUGUGCCCAGUGUCAGUUCCAUUAAUAGAAUCAUCCGGACCAAAGUGCAGCAACCAUUCAACCUCCCUAUGGACAGCUGCGUGGCCACCAAGUCCCUGAGCCCCGGACACACGCUGAUCCCCAGCUCAGCUGUAACUCCUCCGGAGUCACCCCAGUCGGAUUCCCUGGGCUCCACCUACUCCAUCAAUGGGCUCCUGGGCAUCGCUCAGCCUGGCAGCGACAAGAGGAAAAUGGAUGACAGUGAUCAGGAUAGCUGCCGGCUGAGCAUCGACUCACAGAGCAGCAGCAGCGGACCCCGAAAGCACCUUCGCACGGAUGCCUUCAGCCAGCACCACCUCGAGCCGCUCGAGUGCCCAUUUGAGCGGCAGCACUACCCGGAGGCCUAUGCCUCCCCCAGCCACACCAAAGGCGAGCAGGGCCUCUACCCGCUGCCCUUGCUCAACAGCACCCUGGACGACGGGAAGGCCACCCUGACCCCUUCCAAUACGCCCUUGGGGCGCAACCUGUCGACUCACCAGACCUACCCUGUGGUGGCAGCUCCGCCUUUUUGGAUCUGCAGCAAGUCGGCUCCGGGGUCCCAGCCGGUGCCUCGGUCCCGCCCUUCAAUGCCUUUCCCCAUGCUGCCUCCGUGUACGGGCAGUUCACGGGCCAGGCCCUCCUCUCAGGGCGAGAGAUGGUGGGGCCCACGCUGCCCGGAUACCCACCCCACAUCCCCACCAGCGGACAGGGCAGCUAUGCCUCCUCUGCCAUCGCAGGCAUGGUGGCAGGAAGUGAAUACUCUGGCAAUGCCUAUGGCCACACCCCCUACUCCUCCUACAGCGAGGCCUGGCGCUUCCCCAACUCCAGCUUGCUGAGUUCCCCAUAUUAUUACAGUUCCACAUCAAGGCCGAGCGCACCACCCACCACUGCCACGGCCUUUGACCAUCUGUAGUUACCAUGGGGACAGUGGGAGCGACUGAGCAACAGGAGGACUCGGCCUGGGACAGGCCCCAGAGAGUCACACAAAGGAUCUUUAUUUAUUACAUGAAAAAUAACCACAAGUCCAGCAUGGCGGCACACUCCCUGUGUGGUUAAUUUAAUGAACCAUGAAAGACAGGAUGACCUUGGAGAAGGCCAAACUGUCCUCCAAGACUCCUUAAUGAGGGGCAGGAGUCCCAGGGAAAGAGAACCAUGCCAUGCUGAAAAAGACAAAAUUGAAGAAGAAACGUAGCCCCCAGCUGGUACCCACCAAAGGAGAGAAGAAGGAAUAGCCAAGGAACUUGGGGGGAUGGCGAAUGGUUCCUGCCUGGGCCCAAGGGGUACACAGGGCACCUCCAUGGCUCCAUUAUUAACACAACUGUAGCAAUUAUGGACCGUAAGCACUUCCCUUCCAGCCCACAAGUCACAGCCUGGUGCUGAGGUUCUCCUCACCAACCACCCAGGGUGUAGUCACCUCCCUCAGCCUCCCGCCUGCCCCACACGGAGGCUCUAACUGUCCUCUUUCUCCACACCAUUUGCUUGGCUCUUUCUACACCUCCCUCUCGGGCAUGGGCUGGCUGAAGGCUGGGGCGAGUCCCUCAGAAAUUCCACCAGGCUGUCAGCUGACUUCUUUUGCCUGCUGCUGUGAAGGUACAGCACCACCCCCGGUCCUCCUGCAGUGGGACAUCCCCUUAGCAGCUGCCGUCAGCUGGACCAGCCCUAGGCAGCUUAAAACAGACAUUCCACAGGGCCUGGGCGCCUGGGAGGUGAGGUGUGGUGUGUGGCUUCACCCAGGGCAGAGCAAGGCAGAAUUGCAGGAAACCCGCUUCCCCUUCCCGACAGCUCCUGCCAAGCCCAAUCUGCUUCCUGCAGCUCACGCCCACCAGCUACUGAAGAGACCCAAGGCACCCCCUGAAGCCAACAAUACAGGGUCCCUCUCUGCUCCCCAGCAGCUCCUGCCCCCAAGGCCUGACUGUAUAUACUGUAAAUGAAACUUUGUUUGGGUCAAGCUUCCUUCUUUCCAUCCCCAGACUUUGGCCUCUGAGUGAAAUGUCUCUCUUUGCCAUGUGGGGCUUCUCUCCUUGAUGCUUCUUUCUUUUUUUUAAAGACAACCUGCCAUUACCACAUGACUCAAUAAACCAUUGCUCUUCAUCUCAGGCUUUGGGGUUGGCUGGGGAAGGAGGCACCUUGGGGCUGGGCUUUCUCCCAAGAACAUCAGAGCUGAGUAGCCGACAAACUCACUUUGGGGCCGUGGGUUGGAAGGGACCAUCUAAUGCCCCACAGCUCUGGCUUGGCCUUCUCCCUUUGCCUUUAAUUCAUGUUGAAUGCUGGGUACCUCACUCAUCCCAAGUUCUUCGACACUGAGUAAAUGCAAGGAUAGCACAGUGUCAAGCCAGCCAUAGACUCCCCGCAAGGAGUUGCUGUUAUUAUUAACAGGAAGCCAGAGAAUCAGCAGGGUGGAUUAGUGAAAGAUCUGGGAAUAGCUAUGACUAUAGCCUGCAUAAACAGCUCUGAAGGAAGAGAGGAGACUGGGCUCUCUUGUGUGCAAGGCACAAUAUGGAGGGCUUCAUAUAAGUUAAGUUGAAAUUAGCCCUGUUUUACACACAGUUUCAUUUUACAUAUGAGGAAACUGAGGCUUUGAAAAAAAUGAAAUGACUUGCCAAAUAUACGAAGUAGUAGAUUCAACCAAGUCCUCUUACUCUAAGCCCAGCACUUGUACCCAAGACCCCAGAGUCCUCAUCAGGGAUGCCAAAGGGUUCUAGACCCAAUGGAGGUUCUGGGGCUGCCACUGGGGAUUUAAUUUCUUUUGAUUUGCUUAAGAUUUGACCUGACUGAAUGGAGAGGUACAGCGUGGUGGGGCCAGGACAAGGUGAGGGAGGCUAUAGAAACUUAGGACUUUAGGCCAACCCCCUCCAGGAAAUUUGGGAAAUGCAAUGUGACAGCUUGGGCUCUGCACUCCAGGGGGCUGUCUGGUAUCCACAUGGACCCUCUGCAUGUGAGACCCAGCUGGAACAAGGGGGCAGGGGCCUGCAGCUGGGAUGCCCAGGUGAAUGUGGACAGCUGGACAGACAACACUGGGAUUGAGUCCGAUGGAAGGGGCCCAGGGACUCCAGGGCUGGGAGGACAGAGGCUGGGAGACAGGGCUCUUACCUCCUUAGGCCUCCCAAAGGGAGGUUAGGGAUGCUGCCAUGGAUGACAUGGCAGGGGGGAGCCCUCCCAGGAAGAAAAUCCAUCUCUUCUGAGGGGAUCUGAGAUGCGGCUGUUUUCUCAAUGGCAGGACUUCCCUCUGCAGCGUGACUCUGAAUCCAUGAUAUCUGAGAGUCUUCCUGACCUCAAACCCCUGGAAUCCCGAGUGCUCCCUACCCAUGAAUCACUUUGAGAUGCACAGCAUCUGAAGGAGCCCGUAGAGCCAUCCCUUGCAUUUACAGCCAUAGCCCCUCUGGGGACGCUCUGUACACCCAUCAGGCCCUUUCCGACUCACAACCAACAAAGGGGCUUGGGCUGUGCUUUGGCUAAGGUGACCAUGGUUUAAAACUUGCCUUUCUUUCCCUGAGGUGAGCUGGGCUUGCCAGGAACCUGUGCUCAGAGCGGGUGUUUGGUGAGUGGGGGAUGUGCUCCCCAUGUAACGGGCCUUGGCUAGUACCUAUCCAAUAUUCUGCCCAUGGUCAAACCAUGGAUCCCCUUUUCGGGCUCAGAAAAUAGGGCCAUUUAUGUAUUGGGUGAAAGAAAGACAAUUCGAAGUGCCCCAGCAUUUGGGGUGGUCUUGGGAGGAGUCAGGCUGGCACAUGGGGGGACACAGUGAAGAAGGGUGUGAUGACAAGGACAGGGAGGACACGUAGGGGCUUUGUGGGUUGGCCCAGGGGCCACUUUCACCUGGGGGAGUGAGGGCAGCAUCUGUGAGUGGUCGCAGGUGAAGGGGAAUUGCUUUAUGGUACAGGGGAGCCGGGGGUUCUCUGAGGCUGGUAUGUGUGUUGGUAGGAGAACUGGGGAUGAGGCAUGGGCCCAAAACAUUCCUGAGGCAUUGAGAGCACUGAGGGCCUAUCCCUUCCCCCUGGAAUAAUCCCUUCCACUGCUCAUGUAGAGAGACCACCUGAGCUUCCCAGGCAGGUUACUCUUAACCUCUCCCUGGUCCAUUACCCUCACUCCUCCUCCUCAGGUUCUAGCACAGACCAGGCCAGCCCAGGGUGCUAGGAGCUCACAGGAAAUUCAUGUGGACCAACCAACCCUGGCAGGGCAGUGGGUUUCUUGCUGGGAAAGGGGGCAGCUGGAACCCUGCCUGGAGCCCACCAGAUGAGCAGAAUUGCUCUGACCUGUACCCUCUACCAGAAAGUUCCAGGAGUAGAGACAAUGGAACUGGGAGUCGUCACCUACAAAGUCAGCCCCCAGGCUACUUCCAAUCCCUCCCCUUGUCACAUCAUCUCUCACUUCUGCAAUAUCCUUGCCAUGAGUUGUGACUAAGAAAUAUGUAUCUUCUGCCCUCUGUGCCAAACACACACUCGACCCUGGUGACAACCUCAGGCAAGAGGAGUUGGUGAAACCUACUGGAAGUGGAAACAGGAGCCUCCAAAUAAAAACAGAAAGACAGAGAGGGUGAGGCUCUUGCUAAAAUCUCCCCUCUCCCACCUGCCCUCACCAUCCUCCCACUUCUACCACUCAAAAUACACACACCUUUCCCAUCCAUAUCAACAUGAGGCUUCCUGGUGGGGCACUGUGUGGCUCACACCUGUAAUCCCAGCACCUGUAAUCACGAGGUCAGGAGUCUGAGACCAGUCUGGCCAACAUGAUGAAACCCGUCUCUACUAAAAAUACAAAAAUUAGCCAGGCAUACUGGCAUAUGCCUGUAAUCCCAGCUACUCGGGAGGCUGAGGCAGGAGAACGCAGGAGGCGGAGGUUGCAGUGAGCCGAGAUCAUGCCACUGCGCUCUAGUCUAGGUGACAGAGCGAGACUCUGUCUCAAAAAAAAAAAAAAAAAAAAAACAACUAUGAAGCUCCUUUAAGAUAAUUCACACUUCCUUGUCCUUUGGGGGUGGGCACCAGAGGAAGGGGACUGCAGACCUCAAUGCCAUUAUUACUGGGCCUGGGCAUCAGCGUCAGCCCCGUCAAUCAAGGCUGAGGGAGGCGGGGGCGGGGUUUGAGCCCCCUCACAGGCAGCUCCUGCACCCACAGCUUAACAGCAUCUCUGCCCUGCCUCAGCCUCAGAAGUGAUAAUAACCCUCUACACAGGCUUAGUUUCUUUCUCCAUGCAAAGCCCAUUCAUAUCUAUUUACAUCUCUGAUUUUGAACAUUGGCCUCUUUUGUUUUGCACUUGGGGAAUCUGAGACCAAAAGAUAACUUGACUUUUUCAAGGUCAUUCAGCGAGUCAGCAGAGGAGCAGGGACCACAGCCUGACCCCUAAUCCAAGGCCUAAUCUGCAUCCUAUCAUCAGGCCUCAGAUUAUCUGGAUGUGACCAGGCUUCUGAGAGACCUCAGACACCCCUUGCUUUGCAGGGAGGAGCAGAAGUCACUUGGCCAGUUGGGGCACAGUGACUUCUGCUGCCCCUCCCUGCAAAGCAUGACUGGACAACAAGGCCCAGAGCUCAACAGAAGAAGCACUGGGGCCAGGCAGAGCACAGAGCGGUGCCAGGCUGAUCUCAGACUUCCCUCCAUCCUUGGCCCUAAAUCUCCCUUCCUGGUGCCCUUUGGCAGCCCCUCUCUAACCUUUAGGGUCAUAAAGCCUUCCAUGUUCCAUAAAGGAGCUGGUGGCUCCUCUGCCCCAGGCUGCCGUGCUACCUUCUGACACCAAGUGGCUGAGCUACCGUGGCUAUGGUUCUCAUGGAGGAAACUCCCUCUCUCACCUCUAUCUCCUUCCUUUGUUCACUUCUUUUAGUUUUCUAGUCUUUUUCCUUUUCUGCUGAGUCUACAGCAAUUAUUCCUUUCCCUACUGUUCCAGAGACAUUUGUGUCUCCAGGGCUAUGAAUGAGGGAAAGAGAAAGGGAAUGUUUGGGGAGAGCUUGGAGUCCCUGACCGUGCUCACGAAAUGCCAGGAAGCAUCCCUCCUCCCUCUCUCCAGUGCCCUCUCCCCAUCACCUUCUCCCCAUCACCCUCUCCCCUUCUCCCUCUCCCCAUCACCCUCUCCUCAUCACCUUCUCCCCAUCACCCUCUCCCCAUCACCCUCCCCUCUUCUCCCUCUCCCCAUCUCCCUCCCCUCUUCUCCCUCUCCCCAUCUCCCUCUCCCCUUUGUCCUCUCCCUAUCGCCCUCACCCCAUGGCCCUCUCCUUGGCUUCUUGCUCUUCUCAUUACUGUCUACAGCUCCUGUGGCUCUUUGGGGACCACUGGGACACAGACGCUGGAGGUCAUUACCUCCUGGGUGGCAGACACCUGUCCCCACGAGUCCCCACUCUCAUAGGCACACACCUCUGUCAUCAACCCCAUCCCCACAUCUCCAUGCCCUUCAGAGAGAAGGAGGGUGCCUAGUUCUCCUUCCUGGAAGCAGCUGGUGCAGGCAGCAGGGCAGACGGGUCUCUCCUCCCCCUGACCUCACUCUUUCCCCUAUCCUUGAGAAGCAGCAGGGGCUAAGGCGCACGGUGAAAGGACUCAGGCCUCCUGGAAGGCAGCAAGAGGGGCUUUGGAUGGGGAGAGAAGGGGAGGUGGGGGACCCGGCUCCUUGGCAUCUGUGCCCCAUGGCAGCCGGCCAGGCUGUGGAGGGAAGCGCCGCCUGCGGCUCUCCCGGGAAAAUGUGAUUUCCCCCUGAGUGAAGCGGACUGUGCAGUGUGGAAAUUGGCUCUUUUCUGAGCGAGCUGCUGCUGUUGCUGCAGAGUCGGGGCGGGCCGGCUGGCCCCUGGAGUGAGCCGGGAGCAGCCAUGUGCUGAGAACUCAUUAGGGAUAAAUCAAACUAGUAACAGCAUGAAGCCAACACCCCCCCACUGCGCCUCCCUCCCCCACCCCCUCCGAGACCCCCCCACUUCUCCUCCUCCUCCAUGGUCUUCUUCCUGUCAGACUCUCUCCUGCCUUUUCCACAGCCAAGGCACCCUCCCUGAAGCCAAGGCACCUCCCCCAGACAAGGCACCCUCCCCCCCAGUUUCAGGAGCCUGAGCUCCCGCUCCUGCACACAACCCUGCGGGCGCAGGCUUACCCGCCUACUACCCAGACGCCCAGAGCCGCCCCAAUGAGAGACAAGUUCAUUUGUAAAUACUGUCUUUUUUGUUUGUUUUAUGUUUGUUUGCUUUUUUUGCUGGAGAUGGGGGCCUGGUAGCAAGCUUCACUGACAGCCACAGCCCUUGCUAGGAGCACAGAUUGGGACCUCACAGUCCAGGCCCUCUCAUCCUCCCACCGAAGUCACAUCAUUCCCCUGUCCUCACCCCCUAGAGGGACCCAGUGGGGAGGCCCCCAGCUGUGGGUAGCAUUGGUACCCCCACAUAUGGCCAUCCCCCUGGGGAGACGAGAGCACCCAGAAGACUUAACUACAGCAGGAAAGAAAUUGUCCUUAAAACAGAUGAGCUUGGUCAGAAUGGAAACUCGUUUCCCCACCGAAGGAAAACAAGGAAGAGAAAGAGACAAGGAGGAAGGAAGAAGGGAGGAACAAGGCCUGGAGCUCUUGUCGCCAUGAAGGUGAUGAAAGUGUUUACCUGCAAAGUGUAGCCGUUUCUUCCCUAGAAACACCCUCUUUGCUGAGGCAAGGGGAAAGGGUCUGCCCAGUCUGUUAUUCUAGGGGCUGAACUGGUUGGUGUUAUUAAAGUUUUGCUAGUUAUCAUAUCA